AUGUCCAUCCUGAGCACACUCGGCCUGGAUGCCGGAGCGGGCAGCUCCCCAUAUGCCCAAUAUAUCCUUCCCAUUGCCAUAACAGGACUCAUCCUGGUCAAUUUGAAGGGGGUCCCCGGGUUCUGGCAUGUGCGAUUAUUCAAAGGCCUCUUCACACAAUAUGUCGCAGGCGACCACAAGCCAAAGAAUGACGGACCUAAUGGCCGGCUAUUGACCGUCUCAGAAGAUGCACCUCGUCUCUUCUCCUACCUGGUCACCACCCAUCGCAACUCCCCGAUAGAAUGCGACUAUAACAUGCACAAGUCCAACAGCACUUUCUUCUCCGACUUGGAUAUCAACAGAUCUCAGCUCCUUCUGAGGAUAUUUGGAGGCUUUCCACGUUGGGAGUCGACUGCCGCGGAAACACAAGUUGAACAGAAGAAGAAGAAGAAGCAGGGAGAAAGAUCACUGAAUAUUGCACUAGGUGGCGUGUCUUGCGUCUUCAAACGAGAGAUUAAGCCCUUGCAGCAGUACGAGAUCUGGUCUCGCGUUCUUGCCUGGGAUGAGAAAUGGCUAUACGUUGUGAGCUACUUCGUGAAAGCCGGAACUGGCAAGGCCGUGAUGAGGUCCUUGCACGGGGAUCAGAAGUCAGCAGGGUUCGACCCGAACAAAGUCAUUCUUGCUUCUUCACUUAGCAGAUAUGUGUUCAAGGAUGGACGUAUCACCGUACAGCCGCAGGAUGUCCUGAUACAUAACGGCCUUCAUCCUGCUCCAGGGUCAGGUUCGGAGAAGGAGGGGAAAGGAGCAAGUGAAAAGUCGACCCAAGAAGCGUUGAACGUAUUCGCCAGCCAGAAAGAGCGAGGACUGGAGGUGGCCCGAUUCUUCCAUGGGCUGGACACACUGCCUGCGCAGUUCGGAGAAUCAACCUCGAUCUUCGGUUGCUAUGGAGACCUUUAA